AUGGCUGACGGACCGCCUACUCCACCACCGCGAUAUUUGCUUGAUCUCCAAAAUUGGAGGAGAGUUGACUACGAUCAUAUAGAAGAGCGUCCUAUCGAUUAUGGAAUCGUUUCCUACACCUGGGGGAGGUUGAUAGACCAAACCCGGACCGUCGCCGACGAUGAGAAACCGGAGCAUGUUACGUGGAACAUUCCUUACGUUCCAUCGUUACCGUUGAGUCGGGCAAAAGCAGUUAUGAAAACUAUGGGGAAGAGAUAUGUGUGGUGGGAUUGGAUGUGUGUACCGCAGGCCGCUGGCGGCCAUCAGCUUCAAGGUGAGGACGCUGAAAUUGCGGCACAUGAGAUUGCAAAUCAAAGGAACAUCUACAAACGUGCAAAAGCCAGUAUUGUUUGGCUCCACGGCAUAGAGUGGGCUCAUUAUCCACUCCUGGCUUCUUUUCUAGAGGGCAAAAUGCGAUUGCAGUCACAGGACCACACCAACUUUCGUGGCGUGGUAUCCGUGACAAAGUUCAUCCUUGAACAGAUCCAAGCAGAAGAGCCAUGGCUCACAUCUGGUUGGACUUUGCAAGAGGGCAUCCUGCUUCCUAACGCGCCCCUCGUGGACUCCAAGGGCUUGAAACUACAGAACACAAUUUUCCCAGAAGGUGGAGCAGCGUCUGUUGCUUCCAUUACCGCCACUGUAGUCCCUUUGGCGUCCCGGAUAGGUGACGCCUUUAGGGACUACAGCGAAAAAGAGUCCUUUGCGAACGAGGAGUAUAUCGUUAGAUUCAUUCAGGCCCAUGAUGAUAACUACGAGUUCAUGGCGCGUUUCCUGGCAGCACUUAUCCGCUCCGGAUUUGUUGGAUACAACUCAGGCGCACCACUUUUCCUUCUUGCUGGAAAGGCCAGCCGCAAAUUCUCGAAACCGGAGGAUGAAUGCUGGGCGCUGAUUGGUGCCAUGGAUAUCAACGUCCCUAACCCCCAGUACUAUAAUGGGCUCCAAAUGGACCGAGUAAUGUCCAUGUUCUUUGAACCGCUUUUGGAGAGAUACCAGUGGCGCCUAUUCCUAAUUGGUAGAAUGAUGGACGAUGACUGGCGCACCAAGUCUUGGCCUCGACGAGUGGUUGAAGGACAUGCCCUGCCAUUGGAGAUCUACUUUAGUGUGAGCUGGGAGGAAAGGCUGCCGGUAUUGAGGUUGGACCCAGAGAUACCCCGCAAACUGCACAUGACACCUCAUCAAGAAGAGAAGACCAUUCAGUUAAUCGACAACGAGCAGCAUGUACUCUGCCGACGUUAUAAGCAAAGCACCUAUCAAGACGGAUUCGUUCGACUGACAAAGAUAGAGGAGGAGUUCACCAAAGAGUCUUUAUUUCUGAAAGUCGCAUCUCUAGAGAGUCUUAACAAAGGUGAUAACAAAGGGCUUAGAGAGGGAUUCCGAUGCAUUGAAAUCCAGCGAAUCACUGACAAUGAAGGGCGCUUUUGGGGUGUUGCUGACGUUUGGAAAGGGGGAGAGCUGGCACCGGGCGAACAACGCAGUUUUUAUUAUAGAGAGACAGCCCACUUCGCACUUUGGUAG